UCAGCGCCGAGACGGUCACAGGUCGUCGGACAACUCCGCCAAAGGGCCACUCGUCCGCCGAGAGAGCACACAGAAACGCGAGGAACAAACUGCCGGAAAAAGAAGUGGCUUCUCUGAAGAUGACAGGACCCGACAAAGAGAUGUUACAGCUGGUAACUGACGAAGCUAGCAGAGGACAGGCCGCUGUGGUGUUUGAAGACGUGCUGGAGCGGUGCUGCGGCACCGGGCGCUGGCAGGUGAUGCUGAUCAGCUACAUGUCCGUCAUGUGGCUCAUCUUCCCGUCUUUCUCCAUGUCGAUGAUGUUCAUCGGCGCCACGCCGGCGUUCAAGUGCGCUGACGGGCUCGACACCAACGCCACGUUCGAGUCUCUGCCGGAGGGUACUCCUCAGUGUCACCAGACCAACGCCUCCGGGGUGGCCUGCUCGCGCUGGGUGUUCGACACGUCCAUGUACGAGUCGACCGUGGUGACCGAGUGGAACCUGGUGUGCGGCCGCAAGCCGAUGCUGUCGAUGCUGCAGUCUGUGCUGAUGCUGGGAGGGAUCGUCGGCUCGCUGCUCGGCGGGCAGCUGACGGACAGGUUCGGACGCCGACCCGUCUUCCUGCCAGUGAUGUUGCUCGUGAUCGCCUGCUCCUUCUCCGCGGCGCUGGUGGACGACUAUGUCAGCUUCGUCGUGAUCCGUGGCGUCACGGGCUUCUGCAUGGCUUCCAUGAUCGCGAGCCAGUUCGUGCUGGUGACAGAGCUGAGCGGCUGCAAGCACCGGGCGGCACUGACGACCGUCACCUUCCUACCGUUCUCGUUCGGAACCAUGCUGGUGGCGGCCGCGUCGCACGGCAUCCGCACGCGCUGGCUGCUGCAGCUGGCGUUCGCCGUCCCAUGCCUGCUGUUCCUGCCCAACUUCUGGCUGAUGCCCGAGUCGCCGCGCUGGCUGCUCGUCCAGGGUCGGUUCGCUGAGGCGCUGGAGGUUCUGCGUCAGGGCGCCCGCUGGAACCGCAGAACAAUGCCGUCGGACGACGAGGUGCUCAAGAUGAUGUCCGAUGUGCGCCAGACUUUGAUCGCUCGCGAGGAGGCCCUGAAGGGGGACAGCCGAGACUCUGCGUUUCAGCGCGCGCUCGACCUGGUGCGGACGCCGCGGAUGCGCAGAUACACCCUGGCGAGCACGUACAUCGGCUUUGCCAUAGCCGGCUCAUACUUCGGCAUCUCCUUCGACAUGUCACAGCUGAGCACGAGUCCUCACCUAGCGGUAGCGCUGUCGGGAGUCGUGGAGAUUCCUGCGUGUUUCAUCUACCCACUGCUUAACCGGUUUGGUCGGCGUCGCUGCUUCAUCACCUUUCUGUUCACAACGGCCAUGGCGAUGUUCCUCGUCUUCAUCAAGAAGGACGCCACUCUGUGGCUUGUACUGGGUCUGGUGGGAAAGCUGAGCGUCUCGGCGGCGUUCAACAUGUUCUCCUACGUGUCCGAGUUCAUGCCGACGCAGCAGCGCGGCCUGGCGCUCGGCGUCCAGCAGACGGCCUCGCGGAUCGGCGGCGCCGUCUCGCCGUUCGUGGUGGACCUGGUGAGCGGCCUGCACGAGCUGGCGCCGUCGGCCGUGUUCGGCGCCGUGGUGCUGCUGGCCAGCCUGGCGGCCCUGCUGCUGCCCGAGACGGCCGGCAGACCGAUGCCCGAGACGGUGGCAGACGUGGAGGCCGCCGCUCAUCGCAAACGCUUCAAGAAGGGCGCCGUGUACGAGCGGACCCUCAGUGACGACAGCACGAUAACUGAUGUUACAUCCAACUAAACAUGUUCACAUCUAUGAGUGCCUGGUCAGUGUGCAAAUGCCAGCUUUGACCACAUCAACAAAAAUAAGCAUUUUAUUACACGACUUUUACCACUAACUAGCUCCCAAAACAGAGUCUAUCGUUCGCUGAUUGAGGGUCGUGCGGUGCUGGGCUGAAUGUCAGAAUGAGACCAGACUCCCUUGCUGUAUGUAGGUAAGGCCUGAUUUGUUCAAAGCCCUAGAACCAAUUUUCCCCGUUCAUCGUUGUUAUUGUACUGUUUUCGUUCUCAGGUUUGUCACGAACUCGCGGCACACUCUCCAAUCUGUUUGCAAUGCCUCUCAAGUGCGUCCUUUAUUCAGUUCCACACGAUUUCUGGAUAACCAUGACCGAAUCUCGUCUGACCGUCGAGAAUAAGCCGGGACACACACUGCUGCAGUGCGUCCUUCCCCGGUCACGGCCGGCCAUAUCGGCUCGGCCGGAAUACCAAUGACCGCGCUCUCCCCGGUACAGAGACACUCCGCCCAGGCUGAGAGGCCGUGACGGAAUUCGCAGACAUCCAGUGCCGGAUGAGGAGGGGAGGUAUACUGCGGACUUGAUGACACCAUGGGCUUGCGUUUCAAUAUAUUGGAGGUUAC